UAUCUUCCCACUCUCCAGCCGUCAGCAACGUCCGCCCUGGCUCGUCAAGGAUAGCCAUGAUGCAAGGUGAGGCUGGUGGAGAUGGGGGCAGGGUCAGGCGCAACACCAGGAAACGCGACCUGGACGACGCGUCCAUGUCGAAAACGGUGGACAACCUCAGCUCGAAGCGCAGGCUCACAACAGCCGGCGCCACAGGACAACACGAUGAUGAGACCGCGUCUAACAGUACCAAGCUCGAAUCUCACAGGGCCAAGAGGAAGAGCACUUCACAGCCUCCCAAGCCCCAGCUCGAUACUCUUCAGUUCUCAUUACGCUCGGCUGAGCGACCAGCACUGUCUGCGCCGCGGAUGCACGGGCCUGUCAACCCCCCCUUCAGCAAUGACUCAGCGGCUAGGCUUUCAGGACCUCCAGGGGCUACAGGGGCCUCCUGGGGUACCACACCCAGCGGAUACGGCCACCACAAGUCCAACCAACACCGCCCAACAACUCAAAUUCCAACCUCGCCGACCACAUCGUCGGAUGCAUCCUCGAUCCCCGCGCGUUCGAAUAGGAUCUCACCUUUUGCCACACCUAAGCACGAAACUCGGGCAUCACCUCACUCUUUGGCAGCGUCGGAGGAGCCCGGUCAUAAUGCCAAGUUCCACCAGGAACUCAAGGGCAGAUCCCACAACACCCGGCGUGGCGCCACUGGCCCGCAGGUUUGGCAGUCUGAAAGACGCGACGAGGCCCUUCCAGUUUCUCGUCUUAAUGGGACGAAAGAACUUCCGCAUGCAAUCACUUCGAGUGACGACGAUUCGUAUGUUGAGGAAAGGGAGGAGGCGCAGGACAGCGAUGACGAUGCCAUCCCGACCACGCGGCAACGCACCGCCCGUCUGGGAGCUCGCGGCAGCACUAUGAACUUGUCGGAGAUCCGGGACGAUGACUUGAAUGAUGAGCAAGGAGUCGAAAGGAGUCUUUUCAGAAAGACGCCAUCUGGGAGGGACUACCAUCAAUUGCCAGACAAUAUCUCGAGUGCAUAUUCCCCAAAAUUCGCCCUAUUUCCAUUCGCCCUAUUUCCGGACGGAUACAAAACAAAAUCUGUAUUGGGACGGAAGCCUCGUCGUUUUCCCUGUCCAGUCCGGACUUGUCCGGAUCUUUGCCACACCCUCGAGAAGCUGGACAAUCACUUCAAGUCACAUCAUGCAAGAAGCGAGUUCAAUGACAAUCUGGACAGGGAUGCAACUCUAGAAUACAUUCGUUCAAGAGCGGGCGGCGCCUCUAAUCUCGAGUCUAUUGUGGUCUCGCAAAAUCCCCGUCACCUCGCCAGCGAUGAACAAGAGAAAUGGAUUCCCUAUCCCCAGCUUGACAGCACGUCCUCUUCUGCCAGUGGUGAUACCGAGCAAGACAGCGCCGCCACGGCCCCUUCUGAGCUUGAGCGCGCCAUGGCUGAGUCCAAAGUCUGGGCUUACGUGGCUCCUUUAGUUCCAAAGUCUUGGGCCGCAUCCAUCACCUAUGGUCUGGAGAAGAGGGCGUUCAUUCAAGCUAUAUCCUUGCCACUGAGGAACGAGAUGGAUAUGGAGUGGCUUGCGGGAACAAAAGGCUCCCACCAAAGGCUGUACCGGGCCCUGAUGAGUGUCAUAUUACAGGCCGUCGGUGUUGUCGCUCAUUGUAAACCAUGCGAUUCGAAAAUUCCGGAACGGCGGCGCAACUGCAAAAUCCUACCCCCAGAAGCUGCAGGUAUGCUGGAGCUUCAAGAGGUUUACGGGUCACAGUGUGUGAAUUGUUUUUUCUUCCAGGCGUCGAGACCUUGCGAAUUCCCGGACUCGUCGACCACGACCAAGCAGACUCCAAUCCCUGUCCCAGUUCCGCCGGUCCCACGGGCAAUACCGGUCAUUGAGCGCUCACAUGAUUCGCCCCCUUCCAAAAGUCUUCGGUCAGCAGUCUCUAGCCGGCAAUUUGUCCCUCCCUAUUCGCUAUACAAGGCCCAGAAAAUUGAGAAACCCAUUUCAGAGAGCCCUGUCCCGAUUCCAUCAUUCGCGAUUCACGGGCCGAGCCGCCAGAGUCAGUUCCAGGAUUCACCGGACGUGUCGCCGGUGAAAGCAGAGACAAAGCCUCUUCGGCGAUCGAACCGUGUCGCCAAGGCAGAUAGCGAGGUUCACAAUAGCAGCAGUGUUGUUGAGAGCCACACCACAGAUGAGUCACGAUUGCGCUCAGCCGGCCCAGACGCGUCGAAUGAUGGAUCUUCGAACGCCACCCUCACCUCUACCGGAUCAAACACGGAGGCGUUUACAGAAGCUGCCUCCAAUCUAUCUUGCGGGGAUAUCUCGACCCCACGGCUGGCAAGCAGAAUGUUCAGCUUGUUUGGCGACAUUAGCAGACUGCCUUCUGAGGAGCAGGCCGCCUUGUGGCACCAGAUGCAGCAAAUGUCUGCAAUGCUGCAAACUGGCGGCAGUGGAGUUUCGAAAGCCUCUGGUAUACCACUGCUCCCCGGGCCCUCAGCAGCAGCUGAUGAGUGGGAGAUCGCGCCGGGCAAACUCGUCGUGGACGGCAGGCCCAUGGCAUUUUCUACAUCUUUCCUCAGGCGUGAGGUAAUCAGCGUGGCAGCUGCCCAACAGCUCAGCCCAAACCACAGGGUCUUGAUCAAGAGCAUCGCAGCUCUUCAUCAGCUCCCUAUUGAGCCGGAAAAGGGCUGGAAAUGCACGGUUUCGGUCAUCAGAGGUGUCCUGAAGAUGAAGGCUGGCGACGUGGAGGCGAGGAUCGGUCAGGGCGGUGCGAUCUCCGUCGAGAAGAAAUGUAUCAUCACUAAUGUCCUGCAUAAGGAGGCGACGAUGCAGGUGUGCUGGGUGGAAGAGGUUUGAUCACAGCUUCGGCAGUACACACUUGCAUUAUGGCGAACACUGGCCGCUCCUACUUUGGGCUGUAACGGGUGCCAGGGGCACGGCAUUUUGACGAACACCUCAUAGGUCUUAGCAUGACCACUUCUUAUUCUCAAGCUGCCAUGUUGCAAUAGCUGUAGAAACUAGCUUCCUGUAAAAUCCAAUCCUCACUGUCUGCACAGUAUAA